CGUCAGAAUACUGUUCUCUUCCGGUCUGAACAUGUGGAAUAGCUGGUUGAACAAAUCACGCAUUACAAAAACAAAAUAGGAAUAUUUAGAAAAUUAGGAAACAACGUGUUUGCCACCAUGGGAAAAUUAAAUGUCGUUAUCUUGAGGUAUCUUUCCAGGGAAGAUUUUCGAGUCCUGACAGCGGUGGAAAUGGGCAUGAAGAACCACGAGAUCGUCCCAGUAAGUCUGAUUGCGUCUAUUGCCAGUCUCAAGCAUGGAGGAUGUAACAAGGUUUUGCGGGAGCUGGUCAAACACAAGCUACUGGCCUAUGAACGCAGUAAAGCUGUGCAGGGGUAUCGGCUGAAUUACGGUGGCUAUGAUUACCUGGUACUGAAGACACUUUCAUCCAGGGAUGUUAUCGUGUCAGUUGGAAACCAGAUGGGAGUCGGCAAAGAGUCAGAUAUUUACAUUGUUGCAAAUGCUGAGGGGGAGCAGUUUGCUAUGAAACUUCACAGACUGGGACGGACAUCCUUCAGGAACUUGAAGAACAAGAGGGAUUACCACAAGCACAGAAACAAGAUUUCAUGGCUGUACCUGUCCCGGCUCUCUGCUAUGAAAGAGUUUGCUUACAUGAAGGCAUUAUAUGAUCGAGGGUUUCCUGUUCCAAAGCCAGUAGACUACAACAGACAUGCAGUGGUUAUGGAGUUCAUUAAUGGUUACCCACUGUGUCAGGUUCGAGAAAUUCAAGACCCUGCUGCACUGUACAGUGAAAUCAUGGAGCUAAUAGUUAAACUUGCCAAUCAUGGGCUGAUCCAUGGUGACUUCAACGAAUUUAACCUCAUGCUUGAUGACAACGACAACGUCACAAUGAUUGACUUCCCUCAGAUGGUCUCCACCUCACAUGCAAAUGGAGAAUGGUACUUUGAUCGAGAUGUCAAGUGUAUUCGAGAUUUCUUCUUAAAAAGAUACAACUAUGAAAGUGAACUCUAUCCAACAUUCAAAGAUAUCAGAAGAGCCUGCUCGCUCGAUGUGGAGAUCUCAGCUAGUGGAUACACCAAGGAGCUACAGCAGGAUGAUGAUUUGCUCCACCCUGAAGGUCCAGAGGGUGAAGGACUCAGUGAAGAUGAUGAUGAUGAUGAUGAUGAUGAUGAUAACAUCUCAGAGUCUGCUGACGAAACACAACAAGCCGCCUCAGAGGACGUUAUUAGCAUAGAGGAGUAUAAAAAAGCCAUGCUUGAGCUGGAAGGGCUAAAUAUUAGUAAGGAUACUCCAACAGAAGAGAACGCCACAGAGGAACUCGAGGGAGCUCAAUGUGAAGAGCAGAUCCCCUCAGAGGAUAUUCAGAAAGAAACUGUUUCUGAUAUUUCCAAAGACUUGGAGGGGGAAGAGGAGAAUGAGGUAGAGGAUGAGUGCCCUGAUUUGGUUGACCUGUCUGCAUCCAACAAAGAGUUUAGGCCUUUCAGAGACCAAGUGAGCCUUGAGAAUGAGCACAGAAGGAGAACAACCAGCGAGAUGAGCAUUGGAAGUGUUGGCAGUUGUUCUACUAUACCACCAGAUGCCAUCAGGCAGAAAGUGAAGAGACAGCUCACAAAACAGCAGAAGGCUGCUCAGAGAAGACGUCUACAGAAAGGUGAAGCCAACCUGGUGACCAAGGAGAGGAGAGAAAAUCAGAACAACAUCAAGAGCAGUUUGGAGGGAGCUUCCUUCUGGGGCUGAGGAUGGCCCUGAAAUCUUUUGAUGAUGUGACUUUAGGACUUCUAACAUUUUUCAGAGUUGCUUCUGUAUCCAUGAAAUUAAUAAUAAAAAAUCCUUAAUCCUGCGA